UUAUACUUUUAUAAAUUAUUUUUGGGCUACUUUAUAUUUUUUAUAAAUAGGUUUUUCCGUUGGCCAACUUGCCAGGUUUUUCUUGUUGCCAAGCCAAGCCAAUCUGACGACAAGCGUUGGCCAGAGCGCGCCGCAUCCAAUAAGUUCAUUGCCAAACUGGGAGCCGAGUCCGUCUCCCGAGCAAGCCGAGUAACGCCCGUAAGCAGCCCGAAUGGCGACGAGCUGCUGCUGAUGUUGCUGCUGCUGCGACUCGCACUCGCGUGGCAACAAUCGUCCAGGACACACACGGUCCUCGCAGCAGCAGCAGCUGCUGGGAACGCUCAGAAGCUGACAAGCCAAUAGCUUGAAGGUGUAGCCAUAGCUUUAGCCCCAAGAGCCGCCGCCUGUCACGCUUCCCAGCUCCCGCUCCAGGUUCCCCCGCUCGUUGCCCAUCUAAUUUCCGCCCAGAGGACAGCACAUGGUCGAGGAGAUUGGUUGCCAGCGACAGACGGGCCUUGUGGUCGCCAUGCCCAGCCAGGUGGCAACGAGCAGCGGAGCACCAGCAGCCGCAGCAGGCAUUCAACAUCACCAGCAGCAGCACCAACAGCAGCAGCAGCAGCAGCAACUUCAGCAACAGCAACAGCAGCAGCAACUCCAGCAACAGCAGCAGCACCACCAGCAACUCCCUGGCCACAUGAGCAUGCUCAGCAUGAAGGGUGGAGGCGGAGGAGGUGGCGCUGGUGGACGCUACUUGUGGACGGACAGGGAGCUGCUUAUGCACUUGCAGAACUACACACCGCUGAUCCUGCUCAUCGAUUUCGUGGAGAAGACCCGCACCAAGCGCUUCUACGAGAGCUCCGAGCGUUACGAGAUCCUCAUGCUGGUCUUCAUCAUGCGCAAGGGGGCGCCGUUCUGUGAGAACAAGCGAUUUCCGGCCGAAUACUGGGUGAAUCUAUCGGUGGGACCCAUAGCCGAGGCCUUUGACCGGCUGCAGGCGGCCAUCGAUAUACCAGAUCCCCAGCUGCCGAUCCACAUGAGCGUCACGGAUUUGACCAGCUGGAAGCAGAUGUUUGAUGUGGCAAUGCUGGACAUACGGCGAUUCGCCUACUACACCGAUCCCAUGCAGCUGGCCGAUGCAGGGGUGUACAACAGGAUCACCUUUGAGCAGCGAUUCGGGAUGCAGUGGCAGGAGUAGGCCAGAUAGAAGAUAUAUAUCCACAGAGUUUCUUGUUGCGUUAGAGAGAAUCGCCCAUCAGACGACUGUGCCUUUCCGCCGCCGCCAUCACGACUCCUCCUCCUCCUCGCAUGUGUAUCUGUAGGACCCGCAAAAUGCUUUAAUGGACAAAAUAAACGUUAGUUACUGGUUCUGUCA